CAAGUUACGAAGUUGUAAAUCAAGAUGGCCACAUCCACGAAAGCUAUUUGUGCUUGCCUUAUCUGAAAAUCAACCACUUAUGGAAUAAUAUGCAACCUUCAAACACAAUGGAUGAAGAGGAAACGGACGCAUUUGCUAGCGACGUAAAACGUAUAAAACACAUGAAAAAAAUUUAAUGUAUACUAACAUAACCAUGUAUAAACGUCCAUCAAUACAUAGUAUAUGACUGAUUUAGUGCGACAAAAAAAUUGUCAGGGGUGCUAAUAAUGACUAUUCGAGACGAUUCUACACCCAGAGCGGUCAUCUUUGAAGCUAACUUUGGGGUGGUUAGCACUCUUCAACCUUUGACCUAAGGGAGUGUUCCAGUUGAAAUUUCUGACUAGGAAAUCAGGAAUUUUAAUUUCACAGUACGAAUGGAACGCACUAUAACUGUGUUAGUUAACAAAAAAACUACAUAGUCAACCAGUGAGGAUCAUAAAGGGGCAACAAUGCUGGGGGAGUUGAGAGAGAGCAGGCUAAUAUAAGCGUGUGUUAUAAUAAGGACAGUUGGGUUUACAAAGUGUAUUAAAGAGGAACUGCACUUUUUUUGCCUAUCGUUCACAAUCAUUAUGUGACACAAGAACACACGUCUUUCUUUUUAUGAGGAUUUUAAAGAUGAUAAAAAAUGCUUGGAACAUGCAGCUAAUGGCAGUCAUCGUAGCCUUCAAAGCCCUCUAGAACAACUUCAAAACCCUCCAUCAAGUCUAUAUAUUAUAUAGUAACAGACACGUUCAUAACAAUAUGUAAUAUGUACAAUAUUUACCAUAUUUUGGUCAUCUUAAUAAUUUCUGGAACUAAUUCUUCGACGCAUUUAUUUCUGUUUCUAUAGUGGCGCACGUCUGCCUUCUGGCAACAACUUGUGUACUGUUGUAAUCAUGACAGAUUCGGUAACAAACAACAAAGACGACUAUUUUUGGACAAAUGACGAUUCACAACUUUAGCUUUUUGAAACGGAUUUUGUGGAGGAUGAACUGCUGCUUCUAGAAGCCAGCACAAAGGAAGCGUGAAACGUUGGAGCAGACGGAAGCCGAUAAAGUGAGGUGGAAGUGAAUCGAAGCUGCAAAAUGUGGAACUUGAAGACAAGCUAUUUCGACAUAAAUGCCGUACUUACCCAUAAUUAACUAGAAAAAACAUUCCUAGCCAGCUGGAUCAAACAGACAGACAACUGUGGAUUGGGAUGGAGACUUUGGGAAGAGGAGGUGAACAUGUCAGAAAUGAAGGAUGUGUCUGAAACAUGACAGAUUGGUCCACGAAAUGCCAAGCUGACAAAACUUGAAAGCACCACUUGUAAAAAGGAGACUGAUAAGAGCCACUCCAAUUACCUUUACCUUUCACUUUGGCCAUCACAUUGCAUUCAGCUUGACUUCUACACCACCACACAAAUGUGGACCUCUCCAAAAAGCCAAAUAGCCUGAAGAAAAGAGCUUUAGUUAUAAAUAUUGCACACAAGACUUGGUAGCCAUGUCUGACAUGACACAUCGCCACCUGCGCCACAAGCUACAAAGUGUCGUCAGACGGCUGGACGAACUGGAAGAAGCUACCAACAAGCUGCAGAAGUCUGAAGAUGAGUUGCUUGACAUACAGGAUAAGAUCAUCCAGGCAGAAGGCAGCAACUCAUCCUUACUUGGUGACGUGGAGGCAUUAAGGAAACGUCUCCUGAAAAUCCAAGGCAAAGAUGAGGAGGUACGCAAAGCGGAGGAUCUCUGCCGUACAGUGAGAGAGAAACUGGAAGAGGAAGAAAAUUUAACGAAAGAGCUCAAAGCGGAGCUUGAACACCUACAGGGGAGGAUGGCAGAACUGGAGAUACUGGAAGAAGCAUUUGGGAAAAGCAAAUCGGACUGUACCCAGCUCUGUCUCAGCCUCAAUGAAGAGAAGAACGUAACCAAAAAGCUCUCAACUGAGCUGGAAGCCCUAAAAGCUCGUUUGAAGGAAAUGGAGGCGUCUGAGAUAAAGUUGGACAAAGCAGAGCAAGCUUUGACUGCGGAACUUGACAAACUUAAGGGAUUCUACCAGACCAUCGAGAACGAGCAUGAGAGGAUACUAGAGAAGCAAAGACAAGAUGAGAAAGUCACUCUUAAGCUCAUGGAAAAACUAGAGCAGCAAAAUAAUUGCUUUGACAUGGCUGUAGAUCCUGGUUGUGCAGAUUUAAUGAGGUCUAGGAUUGAAGAUGGACUGUCCUCUACAGGCAUCUUCUCUGGACACAACAAAAGUCUUGACUACAAUAUGGGCCUGCUGAAUAAGUCUGAGAAUCAGAAGAACAGUGGCCUCGCGGGGUCACAAGAGGAAGACAACAAAGUAAAGGAGCUUACGCAGGAAGUAGAAAGGCUCAAGAAUCGCCUUAAGCAACUAGAGAUUGUGGAGGAAGACCUGAAAAACUCAGAGUCUAAAAAUGGUGAGCUUCAAGAAAAGUUCCAAAUGGAACGCAAGCGGGCUCUUCAAUUGAGCAAGCAGGUUGAACAGCUCAACACACGGCUGUGCAGUAAAGGUGGGAUCGGAGGCAAUGGGACUAGUAAUGUGGAUAAACAAGGCAACGGAAGUGCUAACAUCAGUCCUGGUAACCAUGCCAAGUACCUGGAGAAUGGCAAAGCUGGGAAUGAAGAGAUUGCGAUGGGAGGUUUCAAGCAAGAGAUACAAAAAUAUCACAGCGCCUCAACCGUCACAGAACUCAGCUCGACUCCUUUCCAGGAAAGUACAAAAGCACCCAAAAUUCCAAAUACUCGGUUUUUAUCUGAUAAUGGAAUUAAAGAGUCAACCCGGGGAAAUGAGGAAAAAGGAUACAGAAGAAAUACACCUUGUAGUGAUAUUAAAAAAGUGUCUGUCCUUCAUCGAUACCCCCCAGCAGCUAAUGACAAGAAGCUCCUGAAGACAGCUCACAGGCAGACUGAAGGGGAGAGCAAUACAUUUUCAAAACUGUAUGUACGUAGUGAAAGUCAAUCAAAUAAUUCUGAUGUAGUAUCCGAGAGUUGUGCAUUAAAGGACACCGAGCCUAUCUCAGACCAGGAAUUAACAGAAAAAGUUCAAGAUCCUGUGCCCGUCACCUCCAAGCUGUCCAAGGCCAACGAAACCUACAGAGUUUACAGGUCCAACGUCCAUCAACUGUUGCCAAAUGACCAAGGCUCGGAAAGUCAUUCCUCUGCUUCAGAAACAGAAUCCACUGGAUCAAGACCCUCAGAACCAGAGACUGUAAAUGAAACGACUACUACAACCUCUAGCAGUAGGACUGCAACCUCGCAAUACUCUAGAUAUCCACAUGUCAAGGACUCUCAUUCAGAGGGUUCCUCUUCACAGAGCUCAUUCGAUGAAGAGUUACACAUGAAAACAAAUGUAGCUGAGGGAGGCAUUAGCACUUCGCUCGGGAUCGAGAUCCAGCGAACUUGCAGUCCACGUGAGGCGCUGAUAUCCAAAGGGGUUAUUAAAUCUGCCAUCGUUGAGAGUGACCGAAAAGAAGUGAUGACAUCGGAGCCUUUGGCGGCCAACGGGAAGCCCAAAAUAUCCACCAAACCCAUACUGACUACUAGUAUUAAAACGAUCUAUCCCAACGACCCUAACUCCUCUAGAACCAGCAGCCGCAGCAGUAGUGUAUCCAGUGAGUCAGUGUCUGCCAAGGAACGCCACACGUCCACAACUAACAUUGUCAUAGGCCCCAGCAGCAUUUCGAUCCCUUAUGAAAUCUCCAUCCGCAAGAGCGAGAUCACAAUGCGGCCAAACCAGGACCAGGUAUUUGGUGCAGAUAACCUCAAUGAUUCCUCCAAGUCCAAGUACCACAACACCUCUACGGUGGAGAUGACCACAAGCCAAGUUUACAACAGCAACUCUCGUGUCCUCAAAGACACAAAAUCUGGCAUUGAUACAUUUACCAGUUCGAAAAACCAAAGACAAAGAAACAGGCAGCCCCAAGAAGAGCGUUUACAUGAAGACAUGAAGAAUGUAACCGUGAGAAAAACCUGGAAGAACCAAGUCAAUCCAAAUGUGGAUGAGAAGGGUAGAGGAGGUCGACGGGUAACCAUGGAAGGAGGAGGUUCAGAGGAUGAGACAGAAACCACAACAACAUGGAAGGCUUAUCUGGCAACGACGAUCGAUUCUGAAGACACAGUGAGCCUUGGACCAAGAACUGGUGGGAAUAAUUCAGCAACAAAGGGAGUUAAGCUAUCACCUGCAGAGAUGUACAAGUGCAAAAUCGACAAAGACGCAGAAGAACCUGUGCUCCAUCGUGGCGAAAGCACUAAGGAACCCCUGGGAAGGAAAAUACCUCAUGCACCUGUCACUUCACAGUCCUGGAGUCGCUCCGUCUCGCAACGAUCACCGGGUCCAAAUAGAGGCGAUCGCAGUCCAAUCCCGAGCCUCAACCAGGUCUCGUGGAAACCACACCCCUCCAGCACUAACUCUCUCCCAACGGGUAGCUCCUACGACCGGACAACCAAGACGCCGACAUCCAGCGGGGAGCAGUGGGCCACUCGGGGUCACGGCUCUACGGCUAAAACGGAAGGAAAGGCCGGACCGGCGGCGAGUCGUCUGUGGAGCCAUCGCCAGGCCGAACACCAUUAGUGCCCCGUGGAGAUGGCUCAGAUGGCAGCAGGUGUCCUUCCAGCCUCCCCAUCAUCUCCAGCAGCUUUCAGAACGAGCAAAGACAAGAAAGAAAGAAAACAAAAACAAAAAGUGAGUGCACGUUGACAUCCCAGAGCGAGUCCUCGCCAUCGCACGCGUCCUCUUCUGCUCGCUGGAUGUGUUUUAGUCACGUCGUAGUCGCACACCAAGGCAAGGGAGAGGCUCAGAGGCAUCACUUCAUCUCACUAAAACUGCUUGGAAGAAAAAAAAAAAAAAAAUAGUUUGGCGACGGUGUUGUUCUACGUGACCAAAAAGAGGAAGCGAAUGACUCCCAAAUUACGCCACCAUUUGUCUUUUUGGGACUUGAGACGCACUUCCCCGCCGGACAAGGAGUGAAGAGCGAUGACUCGGCAUGUUCACACAUCAUCAACACCUGGGACCCUUCUUUUUUGUCAUGAUUACGCAAUAAUUAGCUUCCUGUCGUGGGCCAUUUUUACCUUCCUCUUUCUGCUGACACAUCUCAACAAAAUGCACAUUUAGGAAUAGUUGAUUUUUGUAAUGAUGGAUAUAUUUACACCUGCUACCGUAUAUUUCCCAUGGUGCUCUUCUUUGUUCUGUAAACAUGCAACCAUGUUGUUGCUUUUUGGGGUUAUCGGCACACACUACUACACUUUGCACAUGCCAGCCAAUCAUAGGAUGACACAGCUGGAAGGGGGCGGGGUCACUGACACAGCUGGAAGGGGGGCGGGGUCACUGACAUCAAUGGAAAACUUCGGAAUUCAAAGUAAUUUAAGAAAGUGGCAAAAGACUGUAACACGUUGAAAUAUGUCUACUUGUUUCAAAUUAUUUGGCAAAGUUUCAUCAUUUUCAGACCAAGUGAUUGUUGUCCAAAAUGAUUUCUGCUAUUUAUUAAUUCAAAUCUAAUAGUUUUUAAAUGUACCAGGAUUCCUCCAAAUAUAAAAAUGUAUUCUCAGUUAUAAAUUGUUUUUUUUGUUUUUUUAACUGUAAAAAUUACAAAUAUUUAUUACUUAAGUUUUUCUUCUUUUUUUUGGCCAAAAAAAUUAUAAAAACAAACUUAAAAUUUGUCGAGGGUUUUUGAAUAAAGUUGGGCUUCAGUAAAGGUUGCAUUAUUUAUUAUUAUUGGUUAUUUAUUAUUUUUAUUAUUCACCCAAAUACAAGUGUUUUUUCUAGUAGGCAGCACCUCUCUUGUUUGUGUGUGUGUGUGUGUGUGUGUGUGUGUGUGUGUGUGUGUGUGUGUGUGUGUGUGUGUGUGUGUGUGUGUGUGUGUGUGUGUGUGUGUGUGUGUGUGUGUGUGUG